CGAUUCAAAGAGAGAAAAUGCCUUAGUUUGCAUGGCUACUACAAUGGGAUUGGAAUUAUUAACACGUCUUUGAAUAAUAUGAAUCGAAACAAUACAAAAGGCCACAUGAAUAGUAUUAACGAUUACAUCAAAAUCAAACAUUCUUUGUAUACAGUUUAAUGAAAAGUCCACAUUUAUUGAAAGAAACGAAAAAGAUGAAAAAUGGCCACAUAAAAUAAUACACGGUGAAGAUUAAUCAAAUUCGGAACUGUUCGGAUGAAAGUUGCAAGAUUUGGUCUAAACAAACUAAAGUUUUUAUAUAAAAGUAAAGUUUUGUGGAUGAACAACGAACACAAAAAAUGACUACAACAAUAUCGAUCGGUUCAAAUUGUUGUUCAGCUGAACCAACAAAGCCAUUAAGUCGAGUUGAACGUACAAAAAGUUUCCUGAAGGCGAGUCUUAUCAAACGGUGGAAGAGUUCGAAGGAGCUGUUCUCCACUUUGACUGGUAGCGAUAACAACAAUAUAAAAUCAUCACGAAAACCAAUCGAAAGCAAACGGCAACAACAAAAUGGAAAAUUCAUCAACGAAAAAGUCCUCGACAAUUUGGAUGAAUUUGAGCGAAAAUUUUUAUUGUCAGCCGGUCAGUCGCUUGUACGGGAGCUGCGUAAAAAUUUCGAAAAGCCACAAUAUUCACAGACACCCAACGAUUCAAAUAACUGCAAAGGAAUUGUGAUUAAGGUGAACGGUAGUCCAACGAAAACAAAACAAUUAAAUUUAUUAGAAGAAAAACCAAAAAAAUUUGCCAAUGCAAGUGUACAAACUAUCCCAAAUUAUGAAGAUAAAAACUACUAUGAGACAGAGACAGAGACAAAGACAAUCGCUAGUAAUCCAAAGCAAAAAAAGCAACAACCACUUGUGAUGAGGCAUUCGUCAUUUUACAAUACAUAUCGAAAUGAAUAUUGUGCAUGGCAAAACAAUCAUCAUGCAUCGAAUCUAUCGCUGAUUUCGUACGGUAAUCCGAGCAAUAGCGAGAAAUGCCUCGAAAAAACCAUCAACAAGUACAAAAAUUCGAUCAAAUCAUCAUCAGCUGUGGAUUUAUCGUCCAUUUCAGCGGUGGUAUUGAACACAGCCGUGCCAACGAUCGGUCAAUCGAUUGAACAAUCGUCAUCGAUGCUCAAGCGACAUUACAGCAGCAUAGUCAACAUAAGCCAUUCGAAUUCCGUUCAAAAUUUAACGGAUUCACCAAUCAUUGACUAUAGCUAUGGCUCGAUCAAUGAUGAUGACUUAACAACACCAACGUAUGCCGUGAUUGAUAAACCAAUACAAAAAAAUAACAAACUUAAACCAACACAUUCAAUAAAAAGCCUAAGCACCGUCUCGUCUGUGGUGCGUGAUGGCAUCAACAAUACCAACAAUACCAACAACGCAAACAUUCGUUUUCGUAACGGUGACUAUGACACAAAGUCAUUGAUCGGGACAAGUACGGUGUCCGUUUUGUGCGACAGUACGCAAAAUGAUGAUUAUGAUGUUACUAAACGCCAUUUCAAUGGAUUUGUCUCCAAAACCAAUCUUUUCGGAUCAAAUAUCAUGUUGACCGAUACGGACACGAACACAAACAACAAUAAUAGCAACAAUAACAAUAAUUAUCCGUAUCAUGCGUCGUUAAAUUGCCAUAAUAAUAAAAAUAUGAAUAAUAAAAACAUAUUCGAAACGACUACAAGCCACAAUAGCCACGAUGGGAACAAUAACAGCACAACCACCACAAAGAUUCGGAAGUGCUACAGCAUCAAUCAAAUUGAUUUGAACUUAUUAAAAAACGAACUGAAUGAAUACAUCGAUCGAGAGCUACGCACCACGAACUUUGGCCAAAACACUCUGGCACAACGACGAAGUCAAUUUGAAAGCGACUAUAAAAAGGAAUUGGAUCUAGAACAAAAGAUCGACUUGGAAAUUAAAAUGCGCGAAGGGUCUGCAAAGCUUCUGGCAGCAUGCAACAAUCCAAAGGCAAUCGGAUGCACGGGUAAUUUAACAUCGGCACAGAAUACACAAAUUUUGGAAGCUGCCAAAAAUUUGUUGACAUCAAAUGAACGUAUGACAGCUUAUAUGGCCGAAUUGCAACGCCGUAAACGCGAUCGUUGCGAACCCAUCGGCAAGUUAUCCGGAAAUAAACAAAAAAUGACGGCAAAGGUUUCGUUGAGCGAGAUUCGUAUGCCGUUAAUGUGGCGCGAUACUGACCAUUUUAAAAAUAAAGGCGAUCAUCGCAGAUUUGCCGUGUUUUGUUUGGUUCGUAUUGGGACAGAUAUCUUCGACACAUCCCUUUUAUGCCCAGUCGAUCGAAGCCUUACCGAUAUUAGUUUUAAUGAUGCAAUUCUAUUUUCAAAUGUGGAGCCGAAUUUCGAAUUAAAGCUUGAAGUGUAUGCGGUUAUGAUGGAAACUGAUCUAACGAUUGCGUCAACGCCACGCAAAAUCAAGAACACUAUUCAUAGUUCUAUUAGUCGAACUGUCGGCAAACGACUCGCAUCAACUCUAAAGGAUGAACUCAAUAAUGCUAAAAUAGGUCCAAAGUUUGAGCUCAUUGCAAAGGCUACUUUAACCCUUGCCGAAGCAUCAGAUCUACCACAUACCCAUGAUUUGACCCUGACAACCACUUGCUCAUCAAAUAAUAUGAACAACAAUCAGUUCAAUACAAAGCUGCCUCUCUUCGGUCAUUUCUGCUGUCGGCUAGCUAUUCAACCAGAUUUCAUGAAAACCAACUAUUGCACCGGUAAUUUACAAGUGCUAUCACCAAAUGAAAAUCAAUUCAGUGAAAUUUAUGCACGCCUACAAGCAUUCAAAUUGACAUAUUGGGAUAAUUUGGAAGCAUUUGAGAAUAAUACCGAACCAAAACAUAGCAUUGAAGUGACUCGCGAUUCGAAGGCAAAACGUCGAGGUGAUUUGGAAGUGGUUGUGUGCAACAUGGAGGAAGGAGUUAUAAAAAAGUAUGUGUUCAGAGCAGCUGAAUCGAUUGAAGCGUCCAAUUGGGAAAUUGCACUCAAACGCGCUAUCAGAGAACAUCUAUUAUGGCAGCAUGUCACAGUCGGUACGCCAAUGCAGCUAAGUACGCCUGGAACAGAGAGAAACUAUUUUUCACGCUCAGGACGACAUGGAUCGCUAUACGAUCAAGUACCAAUUAUGCAUUCAAAGCAAUCAAGUUCACUCUAUUCAGACAUUAAUGGGGAUGAUGGCGAAACCUCAGAAAAGUCCAGAAAUUUUCGCAGUCGUGCCAAUUCAUCAAGCAGCAUUAAUACAGCCAUUAGUGGUAGCAGUGUGUCAUCGAUGAUAAGCAUUUCUAGUUCUAGACGUAGUCAUUGGCCAUUCGGAAAAUGAAAUGGAAUUUAUAAUACAGUAUAUAGGACACCAUUCGAGACAGAUAUUUUCAGAACUAUUGAGAAAUUUAACGGUUUUUUCCUUUUCAAAACAAAUUGUUAUAAACACUUGAUCACGCCAUUAGAUUGGAUCAUGCCAUUAGAUUAGGCCGUAGACUGAAUCUCGAACAAAAUAAGUUAAACAAUAUUUAUUGCAAACACCUUCAAUUGUGCCACUGACAAAGCAAUGAUGAGCAUAAUUGUUAUAUGUCAAAAUCAUAAUAAAAACAAUUCCAGUGUAGUUUUUGUCCUUUUGAUACAGUUUAUUGAUUGUAAGAGAAAUGUAUUCCAUUCAUCCUUUUGUUCAUUUCCUUUGUUCGCGUUGAACUUUAGUUUCACAAUAAUUACUUGAAAAUGAAAACCGAAAUAAAAUAAAAAUGUUUCCUUCUUAACAUUUUCUUAUUUAAA